AUGCUCAUGGUGCUCAUGGUCUGCAUCCUGAGCUUUGUGUCGCUACAGGUAUUCCACCGCCUAACGCUGCCGGCCGCGCACCUCGCGAAACGCGACACGUCGCCGACGUGGCUUACUCCGGUCAUUCCGGGGGUGACAGUGCCGUUCACUAUCCUCCUUCCCCUGUUUCUCGUGGUGCUGGCGAGCCAGGCUGUGCACGAGAGCGGGCAUGCAAUCGCCGCUGCGCUGCACCGCAUCAAGCCGCAUGCGAUGGGUCUUUCGGUCGUCUUUCCCUUUCUUCCGGUAGCGUACGUCGCGCUCCCGGAGAUGCACGGGCGGUGCACGAGGCGCGAGCAGCUGCGGAUUGUGUCGGCCGGCGUCGCACAUAACCUGGGCCUCUUGUUCCUCCUGCGUGUUGCCGUGUUCUUGGGUAUCGGGCGGCUUCUUUGGAAGGAUGCGCACGGGCUACGCGUCGUGCAUUCUGGCGAUGCGAAUCUCGCACAGUGGAUGCCGGUGCACGCAACCAUCACCGCGGUAGACGACACGGCGCUCGAUGCACUCGGCUCCCGCGAGCGCAUCGAGGCUUGGGACGCCUUUCUCCAAGGCGAUGGCGUGUCCAAAGACGGGUGGUGCGUAGCAAAGGACGCAUGGACGGCGGCGUCGAGCGCAUGCUGCCAGGUGCCCCAGCCGGAUAUGGCUUGCUUUGUGGCACAGGCCUCGGCAUGUCUCGACCCUGUCGCCAUCUUUUCGAAUGCGACGCGGUGCGAAGGCGGAUGCAGCGGCGUGUGCGUACGCCCUGCAGCACACGAACUGCUUGGGCGUGUUGCAGUGAAGCAAGGCCCUGCGUCGGAGCUGGUCGUGCUGCGCGGCCCCUUUGAUGCGAUGCAGCGCAGCAUUCAAGUGUCUCCCUCACGGCUGCCUGUGCUUUUGAUGAUGGUCCUCGGCACGGUCGGCACAAAUGCCGCCGAUACCAUGGCCCUUUUUAUUCACUACCUCGAGAUCAUCGUCGUGAUGGUCAAUGUCGCCCUCGCCUUUUUUAAUAUGCUGCCCCUGCCAUCCCUGGAUGGCGGGGCAUACUUGCGUCUGGCCUUGGUCGAGUACUAUGCCCAAGACGUCCCCGAUACCUAUAUGCUUGACGCCGACGACGUCGAAGGCGGCGCGGUCGACACGCCGUGGGCACCUCUUGUCCACCGCGUCCUGGCCGUCGCGCAAUACACCACGAUCGGCCUGAUGGUCGUCGCCCUCGGAGGGAGUACGUGGCUCACACUCCGUUCCUAG